AUGGCCACCAAAAGGUUAUCAAAGGGAUGUCCGAAACGAUUUGCCGACUCCGUUCACUAUUCGGAUCGGGCUGGUUCUUUGAGUGGCCUCGAGGGAAACUCUUAUGGGGCGUCUGUUGGAUGUUCGUUGUUGCUCCCACCCUUGAGGUUCCUCGUGGCUCGCGCCAGAGCCACCCAGGCGGCAAUCGUGGUCAACUUUCGGUCCAGCAAAGCAAUUCAGACCACUACUACUUUACACCCUCAGGUGAGUGAAUAUUUUCUCAAGCUCACUUUAUAUGGCCGAGGAGUUGAGACCGAUCCGCGAGUUCUCCACUCCACUCAGCGAGAAGACGCCGCGGAUAAUAAACCAGCACACCACACCAAGGUCCUACCUAGGAUGACGAGAAUCGCAUCAAGUCCGGACUGUAUGACGCACCGGACUGGCCCGGGCUGGUCGGCGAGACGAUCAGGGAAUAUCUGUGAAAGGGUUCACGGCGGCGUGCUUGCAACUCGUACCAAGAUCGAUACAGAACUAACGAUUCCAGCAGCAACACAAUCGCCAGUCGUGAAGAGCGAACCCGUCACCGUCCCCCGUGCCCACCCGUCGUCCAUCGCCGGUGACUGGCCGCUGUUCCAGCCGGGAGUUGACGAGGCCUUCAACUUCUACACGUCGCCCGCACCCACGCCGCUGCAGCCCAUCCCCGUGGUGGUGCAGCCUCCGGAGCCUCGAGAGCUUCGACGCUUCCAUCAGGCAGAGACUCCUGCGCCUCCGUCAGGACUGGGAGCGAUGCGUAACACAGGCGCGCGUAUCACUGCAACCAUGUCGCCGGCGCAUGCUCAAGGCUCCCUCCACCGCGGCCGCCAUACAAAUGCAAAUGCAAGGGCAAAUGCAGAUACAAAUACAAAUACAAAUACAACUACAAGUACGAAGAUAAAUACAAAUCCCCAUCCGCACCCAAUUGCGCGCCGCGCUGCAGCUGGAAACUUCGAAAGGACUGCCGCGAGACGCUACCCCAAUGUGGCUAAGCGUUCGGACACGGAGACGCCGGAAUUCUCAGGCGAGAUUUUAGGCCACCAGGGAUUUCACAACCAACAACAACAACACGACCAGACACGAUAUUACGAAUCACUUCGCCACAGUAAUCCAUCAUAUUAUACCCGGCCGCGUGCUGCCUUGCCCCCGAUAUCGCGCUCUCCCUCAACUUAUUUCAACUACGCGCCCGCCGACAUCGACGCCAUGUCGCUUUCCUACGAGACUCGGACGUUCCCGACCUACCCUCAGUCAUUGCACGAGGAUCCCCAAGAACAAGACGACAAUAACAUGCAACAUGCGCGAUAUCCGUCUCCGCCGCCGCCGCUAUCCGAGAACCCCUAUAAUGCCCAAGGCAUCGAUGCGAGUCCAGGAAUCAUCAUGGAGAUGCCAGAGCUGCCGGCAAAGGAGGAAUCAGAUGCACCUAGUCCUGGACGAUCAAGACCCAUACCGAAACCCGACCGCGAAGUAACAAAGGGAGAGGAUGGGAGAUUUGUUUGCACCUGGGUGGGAUGCGUGGAGGAGGUGACAUCAUUUAAUCGGAAAUGCGAAUGGUCCAAGCAUAUGGACAAGCAUGACAGACCUUACAAGUGCCCAGCAGAGGGCUGCGAAAAGCUUCCAGGAUUUACGUACUCGGGAGGACUUUUGAGGCAUCAACGCGAGGUCCAUAACCUUCACGGAGGCCCAAGAAAACAACUCAACUGUCCCCAUCCAAACUGCAAGCGACACAGUGGCAAGGGCUUCUCGCGCCAGGAAAAUCUGAAUGAGCAUUUGCGCCGUGUGCAUACUGAUGCAGAGCAGGUGGAGAAUGGAGGUGGCGGCGGCGGCGGCGGCGGCGACGAGACCGAGGACGACGCAAGUGAACGGGCGGGCAUGAAGCGGAAGAGAGGCCCAGGGAGAGGAGACGAUGCGGAUCUUCGGACGGAGAUGGCGCGGUUAAGGACUGAGAAUGAAGAGCUCCGAAGGCAAUCAGAACUCCAGAAUCAGCAAACACAGGAACUGAUGCGCCAACUCCAAAAUCUCCAAGCGCUCGUCGGUUCCCGCAUCGGUCAAGGUCAAGCGCCUCAAGCCAUGAUGUGA